AUGGUUGAGUGCUUUGACGUGGGUCUCUCCACUAUAGGUAAAGCAGCCAUAGAGAGAGGAAUGAACCACUUCGUCUUCGUUGUCUACUCCAACGCCCUUGCUACCCUCAUACUCCUCCCUCUCACUUUUUUCAUCAACAGUAUAACUGUCAUGCAGAAUUGUGUUUUCACGGCCAUUGACUACAGCUCUCCCACUCUUGGAUCCGCUAUGAGCAAUUUGACUCCAGCAAUCACUUUUGUGCUAGCGGUCAUCCUCGGGAUGGAGAAGUUGAAUGUUGGAAGCUCUAUCAGCCAGAUCAAGGUCAUGGGCACAGUGCUAUCCAUCUCUGGAGCAUUACUCGUGACCUUUUACAAGGGCAGUGCCAUCACCAGCUUUCGAAUUGCACACUCUCUGUCACAACCAUUGCCAUCUUUGUUGGCUCAAACCAGUAACUGGGCCAUUGGGGGCCUCUUCUUUGCCGCUGCUUCCAUCUCUCUUGCACUCUGUAAUAUUACUCAGGCAGCAAUUCUUAAAGGAUAUUAUUCAUCACAGUCAACCAUAGUAGCCUUCUAUUGCCUGUUUGGAACUGUCCAAAGUGCAAUACUUGCUUUCAUUGUAGUCAGGGAUCCAAAUGACUGGAAAAUAAGCCUCGACAUUGAGCUCAUCUCUAUAAUCUAUUCAGCUAUUGUCGGAAGUAUUCUGACAUUUUCAGUAAUGACUUGGUGCAUAAAAAGGAAAGGACCUGUAUUUGUUAGCUUGUUCAAGCCUGUGAGCAUCGCCAUUGCAGCCUUUUCGAGUGUUCUCUUCCUCGGUGAAACGCUUCAUGUCGGCAGUGUCCUAGGCGCAGUGAUAAUCGCCAUCGGAUUUUACGCAGUAAUUUGGGCACAAUCCAAAGAGGCAAAUGCAAAAGACCUCCAAAUUGAUGGACAAUCAUCCCCAUCUUCCCAGGCGAGUCCUCUACUGCAGACAGUCCCGUGA